AUGCGCAGCCUUCCUUUGGAAGAAGCACUGACUAAUGUACCUGCCAAGACCGCUGAGCAGACUCCAUGGUAUUCUCGCUUUGGAAAACGACGUGGUGAUCGAAACGGAAAGAUGCCUAAUCAAGUGGAAAUUGCAGAUACUUACGAAAAUGUCGACGUUUCGUUCUUGCCAUUCGAUAGUUAUCUGAUUGUAUUUGUGCUGGGUGCUCCUGGAUCAGGAAAAGGUACCCAAUGCGCUCGGGUCGCUGAGGCAUACGGAUUAGCACACAUAUCAACGGGUGAUUUGCUGCGAGAGGAAGCAGCCAAGGAGACUGAGCUUGGAAAGGGGAUACGAGAAUCUAUGAAGCAUGGUAAAAUGGUGUCAACUGAACUUACGCUUAAGCUAUUAUUUCAAGCGAUGAAAGCUUCCGGAAAGGAUGUUUGUGGGUUUCUCAUUGAUGGAUUUCCUAGGACUAUGGACCAAGCAGUGGAGUUUGAGAACACUAUUGGUCGCUGUGAUUUCGUCUUAUACUACUCCUGCCCCACGGAAACGCUUGUACGUCGGCUAAUCAAGCGUGGUGAAACGAGCGGUCGCGUAGAUGACAACAUAACAAGCAUUGAAACACGAAUCCGAGUAUUCGAGCAGACCAGUCUACCUGUUAUCGAAUACUACGAACAUGAGGGUCGCGUUCAGCAGGUAGAUGGUAACGCACCUGUUGAACAAGUGACAGAAGAGACGUUUAAUAUAUUUGACAUGGUAUUUGAUGAACAGUCACAAGUAAAUGAUACUACUGAACUAGGGGGAGUUCGUAAAUGA